AUGCCUUCCCAGGUUGGCGAAGGGGAUCUCAAAUCAGCUGUGACCGACGAUGCCGUAUUCGGGGUUAUUGAAGGCGAUGGUCCUAAUUAUCGAAAUCUAGGAUGGGUAGGAACGUCAGUUCUUAUGAUGAAAACCCAGAUCGGUUUGGGUGUACUGUCUAUCCCAGCUGCAUUUGAUACAUUGGGCCUGGUCCCUGGAGUGCUUUGUCUGGUCGCCAUAGCCAUUAUCAACUGCUGGUGUAGUUAUAUGGUCGGCAGCUUUAAGCUCAACCAUCGUGAAGUGUAUGGUAUCGACGAUGCGGCUGGGCUCAUGUUUGGCCCAGUUGGACGUGAGGUUCUUGGGGUUGGAUUUAUCCUCUUCUUCACCGUUACCAUUGGGGUCGGCGUAGAGGACCGUCCCCAUUCGGCACCGCCAGGCCCUUGGGUUUCCGACUAUAAGAUUGUCAAUAACCCCAGUUUCACGGACGGAAUAUCGGCAAUCUGUACACUGAUCUUUGCCUACGCCGGCGUGCCCUUUUUCUUUCCGAUCGUAGCCGAGAUGCGCGAGCCUCGCCACUAUACAAAGGCUUUGGCAGCGUGUCAAGUUGUUGUCACAGUUACCUACGUGACAAUUGGGACCGUCGUGUACUACUAUUGCGGUUCCUAUGUCGCAUCGCCUGCGCUUGGUUCCGCGGGAAAGCUAAUCAAACAGAUUGCCUACGGUAUUUCUCUUCCGGGACUGUUUGCGAGUGCGACUAUCUGCACGCAUAUUGCAAGCAAGCACUUCUUCGUCCGAAUGCUACGAGGGUCGAGACACCUUGUCGCCAAUACGCUUGUGCACUGGGGCACCUGGCUGGGCUGCGUUCUCGGUGUUGCUCUCGUCGCGUAUAUCAUUGCAAGUGCAAUCCCCAAUUUCGAUAGCCUUAUCUCGUUUAUUGGAGCCUUGCUUGGCACGUUACAAGGCUUUCAGCCGAGUGGUUGCAUGUGGUUGUAUGAUAAUUGGAGCCGGGGCAGAGAGCAGCGAUCGCAUCGAUGGACCCUGGGCGUAUGCUGGAGCGUCUUCGUUAUCGUCUGCGGCACAUUUUUGAUGGUCGCUGGCACAUAUGGCUCCGUCGUUGGGAUCAUGGACUCUUUUAAGAGUAAUGGUGGUUCGGGUGUUUGGUCUUGUGCUGACAAUUCCAACUCGGUUUAG